CUUCGAUUCACAACCACUCAAUAACCAAACAUCUCACUUUCUCUCUCUUUUUCUCUCAUUACACGAACAAUCCACCUCCAAGAAAAUGGUGGCCGGCGGAGGAAUCUUGGGGUGCUCCGACAUGAGGAGCAUCGCCGUCCACGUCAUCACCGGACGGUGGUUUGUGGUGUUCGCUUCACUCCUAAUCAUGGCGGCAGCCGGAGCGACGUACAUGUUCGGCCUAUAUUCCGAUGACAUAAAAUCGGUUUUGGGUUACGACCAAACAACGUUGAAUUUGUUGAGUUUUUUUAAGGAUUUGGGUGCAAACGUCGGCGUUUUGUCUGGGCUUAUUAACGAAGUUACGCCGCCGUGGGUGGUUCUAUCCAUCGGCGCCAUUCUGAAUUUCUUUGGUUACUUUAUGAUUUGGCUCGCCGUUACUCGACGGAUCUCCGCCCCCAAAGUUUGGCAAAUGUGUGUCUAUAUUUGUAUUGGAGCCAAUUCUCAGUCCUUUGCUAAUACGGGUUCUCUUGUUACUUGUGUCAAGAACUUUCCUGAGAGUCGCGGCGUCGUUCUCGGUAUCUUGAAGGGGUACGUCGGGCUGAGCGGCGCCAUAAUCACACAACUCUUCCACGCAUUUUACGGCAACGACACCAAAUCCUUAAUUCUCCUCAUCGGAUGGCUCCCGGCGGCAAUUUCCUUCGCGUUUUUACGAACAAUUCGUAUCAUCAAAGUCAUUCGACACCCAAACGAACUCAAAGUCUUCUACAAUUUCCUUUACAUUUCUCUUGGCCUCGCCGGAUUCCUAAUGCUAAUGAUCAUCAUAGAAAGCAAAACAGAGUUUACUCAAAACGAAUAUGGUGGCAGUGCCGCCGUCGUCCUCGUCCUCCUCUUCCUCCCACUCGCCGUCGUCAUCAUCGAAGAAUACAAUCUCUGGAAACUCAAAACCGCCUUCAUUAAAUCCUCAAAUCCCUGUGUUCAAAUUGUUACAGAGCAACUCCCAAAAACAGAGCAUCCGAAACAAACCCCAAAACAAGAACAAAAGGAACCAUCUUGUUGGACAACAGUUUUCAGUCCACCAGAACGUGGCGAGGACUUCACAAUUCUCCAAGCUCUCUUCAGCAUCGACAUGCUGAUUCUAUUCCUUUCUGCAACUUGUGGCGUCGGCGGAACGUUAACUGCGAUCGACAAUUUAGGUCAAAUUGGAAUGUCUUUGGGGUACCCAAAAAGAAGCAUUAGCACAUUUGUAUCAUUAGUCAGCAUUUGGAAUUACCUUGGCCGAAUUGCCUCUGGUUUCGUCUCUGAAAUUGUUGUGACAAAAUACAAAUUUCCUCGUCCUUUAAUACUCUCUCUAACUCUUCUUUUGUCCUGUGUCGGCCAUUUGAUGAUCGCAUUUGAUGUCCCAAAUGGGCUAUAUGUGGCUUCAGUCGUAAUCGGAUUCUGCUUUGGAGCACAAUGGCCGGUGAUUUUCGCCAUAAUUUCAGAGCUUUUUGGGUUGAAAUAUUACUCAACGCUUUACAAUUUUGGGUCAGUGGCGAGCCCAAUUGGGCUUUAUAUUUUGAAUGUGAAAGUGGCUGGGAAUUUCUACGAUAGAGAGGCAGAGAAGCAGCUCAGAGCAAAAGGGAUUACUAGAAAAGCAGGGAAGAAGUUAAAGUGCUUUGGUGGGGAAUGCUUUAAGCUUUCGUUCAUUGUAAUCACUGCAGUUACUUUAUUGGGUACGUUUAUUUCAUUGAUUUUAGUGAUUAGAACCAAGAGUUUCUACAAGAGUGAUAUCUAUAAGAAGUUUCGAGAUGAAGCUGAAACAGAGGUUGCCGGAAAUGGAGCUGUCGCGCCAGCCGGAGCAGGGGAAGAGACAAAAAAAAUGAUGGAAAUGUGAAAAAGACAAAGAGAAAAAUUCGAAAGGGUUGAAGCAGACUUUUAGAUCGAUUCUUGGGCGUUUGGUAUAAGGAUUUCUAAAUAUCUGUGAAUAAAUGAUUUAUGAGAAUAAGAUGUCUGUAAAUAUGAUAUUUGGAAAUCAAAUAUGAUUGUAUUUGGUUGUGCAUCUAAA